AUGGAUGGAAUGGCAGGUGAUAUCGCAAGCGCAGAUGAAGCCUCCGAGCAUCUCAUUACAAAGACAGAUACUACAGACACAGCCGCCGGUCACGUCCACGAGUCUGCCAGCCACGCACGCGAGAAAAUCGCCAACCAGUUGCAACCAGGAGACACAAUGGCCACAUCUCGUCGUAUGUCGGAUAUUCCCGACAGUGUAUGGCAAUUACGGGAGGACAAUGUGAGAGAGGUGCCUGACCUUGGGGUGGAGAAGAGCAAGCCUUUGCUGCAAUAUGCACAAGAAACCGUGGCUAAGGCUCUCGGGGGUGGCUCGCGCGGGGCCGAUUAA